AUGAUUUGUUUUGAGAACCGGCGGAGCGAACUCAGAAACAGGUUACGAUAUCGUAAUGCCAUACCUGAAUGGAAACUUUAA